AUGCGGACGCGAUCAACGGCUUCCUCUGAGCAGCCUGAAACAGAACAAAAGAAUCUCAAAGCGCCGACUACAGUGCAGACGCCCAGCAGGACAUUCAUUCUCCCUUCAGCUGCAAGUGACGAUGCCAGAUUUGUAACAUUGCCCAAUCCGCGAACUGGAGAGCCCAAUCGCUACUUCUUCUGUCCAAAACUUGGCGUGUACGAGUUUACCGUCGUAGGAUCCACGCCGCAGUUUCCACGGAGUAUUCUCUUCGCUCCCAAACAAGACACAAAAGCUUCCAUUGGAAACAGUGACCGCUCCCAGGUCAAGGGGAAUAUCUCCAAAGUAGCCGAACUGUGUGUUGCAACACCGAUUGAUGUCAUGUUCUUCAUGAUACCUCUGCUGAACCCAGCCACGUCGACCCACACCAAGAGGCUUUUCCAGCCGCUCGACGAUAUCCUUGAUUCGCAGGAUGAUUUGCCAGAUCAUCUACGUCGCAUAUUCUACAAUGAAGAUUUCCGCAGUGUCUUGCAAUCGCGAGUCGAGGCGGUAUGUGACUCGGUUGAAGCAGGAGAUGAGAAAAUGUUCCGCUUCGACGAGGUCAAGCUCCUCAGGGAACUGAUCGCUAAGGCGGAGCGCCUAGUGGCCCAGGGUCUUCCAGCGAGUUUGGAGGAGCGAUUUGUGCGUCAAGCACUAGUUACACCCUUGAUGUCCGUCAAACGAGAGGAGACCAUCAUCGGGGCCACGGCGUCAUUGGAAGAUGGCGGCGAGGGAGAGUCCCAGGACAAACAGGAAACCCAAUCUACAACGACUGCCUCUGUCUCGACACCCUCAGGUGUCUCAACCCCUACCACAGAACUGUCCGCUGAGUCGAAUCUGGAAUCCGCCACCAGGGACAAUAUGGCUCGUCUGCUCAGAAUCUCCACCGUUCUCUCCUUCAUCAAGGAAUCAUACCUCUCUCCAGAGCUCUGUGCUAGGCUGGACGAGUUACUUGCUACACCUGAAACACCGGUAGAUUUCAAACCCCUCCAAGAUCAUCUCCAGCAUAUCGCAGAGCUGCGAGCGCAAGCACUGGCAUCUCAAUCGCUGGGGGAUUUCAGCCGCAAGCGCGGUGCCGACGACGACGAAGCUGCAGAAUCCCGCGCCGAGAAGAAGCGCCGCAAAGAAGAGGAAGAGAAGAAGAAGAAGGCCGGUGAAUCCCGCGGUGUGAGAGACCUGAAGAAGGUCGAUACUUCGGGAAUGAAGAAGAUGAGUGAUUUCUUUACCAAAGCAGCGCCCAAGAAGAAAUCAUGA